GUAGCCCCUGUAGGAGGACCGGCGCGCGCUUCCUGAUUGUGAGAUUUCGCGGGAGAACUGCGACUGUCAACAACAUCCACAACGAAGUGCAUUUGCUGUCGAAUCUAAAAAUCAAAAAAUGAGUUUGUGGGUGGAUAAAUACAGACCCAACUCCCUUGCCAAACUGGACUAUCACAAAGAGCAAGCCGCGCAGCUGAAAAACCUGGUCCAAUGUGGCGACUUCCCACAUUUGUUAGUGUAUGGCCCUUCGGGGUCUGGAAAGAAAACCCGCAUUAUGUGUUUGCUGAAGGAGCUGUAUGGAGCUGGAGUGGAGAAAUUGCGAAUCGAGCAUCAAAGUAUUGUGGCGCCAUCAAAGAAGAAAAUUGAAAUCAAUACUAUAGCAAGCAAUUAUCACUUGGAAGUUAAUCCCAGUGAUGCAGGAAAUCAGGACCGUGUGGUCAUUCAAGAGCUAAUUAAAACAGUAGCUCAAUCUCAACAAAUCCAGUCAAGCACCCAGAGAGACUUCAAAGUGGUCCUACUAACUGAGGUGGACAGGCUCACCAAAGAUGCUCAGCAUGCUUUGCGUCGUACCAUGGAGAAAUACAUGUCCACCUGCCGUCUCAUCCUGUGCUGUAAUUCCACCUCCAAAGUUAUUGGACCAAUCAGAAGUCGAUGUCUGGCUGUCAGAGUGCCUCUUCCAAGCGCAGAAGAAGUGUGUAGUGUUUUGGCUGCUGUGUGCAAAAAAGAGGGGCUCCUCCUUCCUCCUGAGUUGGCAAAACAAAUCUCUGAAAAGUCUGGUCGUAAUCUCCGCAAAGCUCUUUUGAUGUGUGAAGCCUGCAGAGUACAGCAGUACCCAUUCUCAGCAGACCAGGAAGUGCCAGAGACAGACUGGGAGGUUUACCUGAGGGAGACUGCCAAUGCAAUUGUGAGCCAGCAAAGUCCACAAAGAUUGCUGGAGGUGCGUGCCAGAUUAUAUGAGCUCUUGACUCACUGCAUCCCACCUGAUGUGAUUAUGAAGGGUCUUGUAAAUGAACUGCUGAGCAACUGUGAUGGUCAUCUGAAAACAGAAGUGGCUCAUAUGGCAGCGCAGUAUGAACACAGGCUGCAGCUGGGAAGCAAAGCCAUCUUUCACCUUGAGGCUUUCGUUGCCAAGUUUAUGGCCAUUUACAAGAAAUUUAUGGAGGAUGGACUGGAUGCCAUGAUGUUUUAAAAAGACUUUGCUGUACUUUUGCUUUUUCUAAAAAUGACAAAAUCCCAACAGCACGAGGAAAUUUGGUAUUGUGAUGCCUUCCUUUAUGAAUGAACAAAUAUGUGUAAAUGCCUAGUUUAAUAAAAAAA